AUGUCCAACCUCCCCUGCUCUCCCUUCUACAACGUGGAUGGUAUCGCCAACCUCCGUGACUUGGGCGGCUAUGCAAUUUCGCCCGCCACCUCUGUACGACGCAACUAUAUCUUCCGCUCAGCCUCUCUAUCCCAUACCACACCCAAAGGCGCAAACCUCCUCACGGGUAAACUCGGCAUUGCCAUGAUCUAUGACUUCCGCUCCAUCCCCGAGUGCGAACGCUCCCCCUCAUUCGACAUACCGGGAACAACACGCCUCCACGUCCCCAUUUUUAAAGACCAGGACGCAAGCCCUGAAGGCCUUGCGCUCCGCUAUAAGAAUUAUGCCUCCUCGGACGGACCUCGAGGGUUUGUGCGCGCAUACGCGGAGAUAUUGAGGGCCUGGGCUGCGGGGGGCGCGUUUCGUGCCGUGUUCGAACAUAUCCGGGACAGGUCUGAAGAACCAUUAUUAUUCCAUUGCUCAGCCGGAAAGGAUAGGACAGGCGUAUGCGCCGCGCUGAUUUUGUGGAUCGCAGGGGUCCAGGAUGACGAGGUAAUCGGGCGAGAAUAUGAGCUCACGGAGGCUGGGUUAUGUGAAUUGAGACAACAGUCUAUCGAUAGGGUGCUAGCUCUUCCGGCCUUUGAUGGCAGCAGAGAGGGCGCCGAGAGGAUGGUUUCAGCAAAGGCGGCGGCAAUCAUGGCGACAAUGACUUGGGUGGAUGAGAAAUAUGGCGGAGCUGAGGGGUAUUUGAGGAACAGCAUGGGAUUUAGCGAUCGAGAUAUUGCUGCAAUAAGGAAGAAUUUGAUUAUACAGGAGAGGGCGAUCCUCUAA